AUGGGUCAAUAUUUAUCAAAUGUAAAUUCACAAAUUGUUGACUGGACUAAUAAGAAUGAAACGGUACUUAGUCCAGAAUCGAUUGUAUCUGGUAAUGGUAAAGAAAGUAUCAAUUUAUUUUUAUCGAUAAAAACGCUUGCUGAUACAACAAUAAAUUCAACUCAAUAUGAUACUAAUAAUCAAAUUUUGAAUUCUGAAAAAUUAUUAAUAAAACAAAUUCAAAAUUAUCUAUUAUUACUGACCAAGUCUAAUGAAGUGAUAGAGAUCAACACUAAAAUCAACAAAAUACUUAUAGAAAAUGGUUUUAUGCCUGUUAUCGAUCAUUAUCAAAAAGCACUUCAAGAAAUGAAAGCUAUUUUUGACAAACAACAACAACUACAAAAAUCUUUAAGAAAAAAAUUAGAUGAUGAUAAUAAUAAUGAUCGAUCUAUUUUUGCAGAGUCAUGCAUCGAAUCUUCAACCAAGGAAAAAAAUAUUCCGCCAGUUGCAACUACUACAUCCAUUGACAGUGCUCAGAAAUCUACAGUGGCGCAACAAAGAAUAGAAAUCGAAGCUCAACAGUUUUCUUAUUUUGCUAUACAAUUGUUAACAUCAUUAUUACUAGUUUCAAUCAAAGCUAAUGAAAGAGUCGAUCCAUCAAUUACUUCGCAAAUAAUAAUAUUAGCCAUAUUUCCUAACACAAAAUUAACAGAAGUACAUGAAACAAGAUUUACUGGUGAAUUCAUUUCAUCGAUUAUUCUGGCACACAUUGACAUUUAUAAUAGCAUCAAUCUACACAAACAAUUUAAAAAUGGUACAAUUCAUAGUUCAAUUUCAUUUGAAUUUCAUCCGAAUACAUUCAAACAAUUAUUUAAUAUUCUCGAACAGUUAACAUUAAUAAUAACACGAAAUUCAAACUCAGUUCUUAUUCAUAUUCUAACUGUAUGCGUAAGAUUAUUUAAAAUACAUUUACAAUUCCUUUGUGCUAUGAAAUCAAAUGUUGCUAGAGAAUUAUUGACAAAAAUUGAUGAUAAAAUUAUAAAAACUUCUCAAGAUUCUUCUACUGAAAGCAUGGAUAACAACAUCGAUUUAACAACAUUUGUAAGUGAUGAUGAAUUAAGAAAAUGGUUUGAUGUAUUAUUAAAAUUGGCUUGUGAUGAUGACAAAUCAGAAUCGACAACAAUGUGUACAGAAGCAUCGAAAGCUUUAGUUUAUAUUAUGGAUUUAAAAGUAACAUCAUUUACAGAAAAAUUAUCAUUUAUUCAUAAAUACAUUAUCGAAAAUAAAUAUCAAACAUUAGUCGAACAAUUCUUCAUCGAACUAAAUCAAACAGUUACACUAUUCAACUGGAUUGAAAUUUUGUGUAAUGAUAACGAUAACAAACCAGAAAAAGCCGAAGCAUUAAAAGUAUUGUAUUCGUUUGUUGAUAUUUGCUUGAAUCCAACGAGUGAUUUAAACGAAGCACAAAAACAACGAAUUAAACAAAUAUUAGUUUUAUUCCAACAAUUUUUUCUAGUUCGUUUAGUACCAAAAUCUAGAAUGAAAAGAAUUCAAAACGAAGCGACAGAUAACAAUGAAAUAGAAACAUCAAUUGAUACGACUUCUGCAUUAGUUUUUGCUCAAUAUAUCUCACAUAUACUUAGAAAUUAUGUAAACAAAGUAGAGAAAACAAAUGAUUUAAUCAAUCAAAUUUUUGUUGGUUUAUGUUUAAUGACACAAACAGAAAUUUUUAAUUUCACUAUAGUUCAACCGAUAUUCACAUCUGUCUUACCAUUAUUGGCAGACUAUUUGCUACAGAAUACAAGUAAUCAAGAAGAUACUAUACAUUGCCUUUAUUGGCUAAUUGGAAAAAUAAGUUAUGUAAUGAUUACUGGUUCACAACAAAAUUUAUUGGAAAUAAAACAUGUCGACAAAUUGAAAUCAUUUCUAUUUGCUGGUGGAUGUGAGAAAAAAACAAUUGAACAUAAUAAAUAUUUAUUGAAUUUAUAUGAAUCUGAUCUUGCUGUUUACAGUAAAUUUCAAUUAUCAAAUUCAAAUCAACAGUCAUCAUCAGAUCAUGAUUUUUUAAUGUCAAUAUAUAAUAAUAUCAAUCAAGGUGCACAAUUAAUAUCAAAAAUGAAAAUCUAUGUCAAAAAUCGACAUCAUUUACUUAAAUCAAUUGAACAACAAGCAAAUGAUACAUGUGCAGCUCUAUUUGCUGUCUACAUUAAACAUUAUCGUCGAAUUAAUCUUGCUAAAUUGGAACUAUCUCAAACAGAUAAUAAAAGACCUCAUAGUAAACUUUUAUUACUUUAUGAAUAUGCAAGUCAUAUUCAAAUAUUAUUUGUUACAACGAAAGCACAAGGUGGUGAUUGUGAUGAACUAUACAAACAAAUCAAAAUGAAAACAUUAUUUCUAUUAUUAACUGUUAAAGAAAGUAAUUUGAUUCCCAUAAUUCAAGAUGAUCUAUUACAAUUAACAAAACCUAUGACAGAUAUACAACAAGAAAGAACAGGAUUUGUUUUACGUCGACGACGUUCACGAUGGACAACAGCAAGACAUAUAUUUACAAUUCUACGACAUACAUUACAUGCUUGUAUUCGAUUUAAAAAAUGCAUGCUAGCUAGAAAACAAGCUAUUGAACAAAAUCAAGAUAAUGAGAGUAUUUUAAAUAAAGAAAUUAAUAAUUUUGUUUGUAAUAAUCUUCAUAAAAAAAUAACAUUGAUAACAAAUGAAGAAAUAAAAUCAGAAUCUGAUGAACUUACUCAAUGCAUCGUACAACAACAUGAACGUGGAAUAAUUCGAUUGAUUACAUAUCGAUUUAUUUAUAGAUUUAUACAGAAAGCAUUAAAAAUUGGAGAAGAAAAGCAACAAGCUCUGAUGAUUUUAACUGUAUGUUUGCCAUAUCUAAGAAAAUCAAAUAUUAAUUGGUCCUAUUUAGAAAAUAUUGAAGCAACAAAUAAUGAAUUGAAAGAAGAAAUUCGAAAUAAUUAUUAUUCAAUCAUCAAAAUUAUUUUAUCCUUUGUUUUACAAUCAAAAAUAUCUGAACGAAAUAUGUUCAACUUAUUAAAUCUAUCGUAUAAAUCAGCUGAUAUUCGUCUUCUAUAUCAUCAUCAUCAAUUUAUUGAAACAUUAUUCAAAAUCUAUGUCAAUUUUGUAGGAGAAACAGAUCGUACUAUUUCAUUUCAUACGAAAUUAAUUGGAUACAAUUGGUUUCGACUUUAUAUAUUGAAAUUAUGUAAAAAUAUUCAAAUAGAAGAAUUGAAACGAAAUGUUAAUGAAGAAUUAAUACAACAACAAGAAUUUAUCUUUAACAUAUUGAUUUUAAAUGAAUUGAAAGGAUUGAGACGAUUAAAACAAACAUUACUUAUUGAUGCAAAAGAUGAUGAUAUUAUAGAUUCUAUAGAAUGUAGAAAUCAUUCUUUAAAUAAUUCUUCUAUUGGAUGGUUUAUUUAUGUAAUAACUAAAAAUAAAACAUCAGACUUUUCAAAUAAUUUAUCAUCAAAAUUUGAAAUUGAACUUUGUACAAAUCAAUUAUUGACACUUUUACUUCGAUGUAUUCAUUUCUAUGAACAUUGUCGAUCUGUAUGUGGAACUGUUGAUUUUAUUGAAGAACUUUUAUAUAUUUAUCAGAAUAGUCAAAAUAGAGUAACGAUUUUACUUGCAUUGAAAAUCUUACGUGACUUAUUUCCUUCAUUACCGGAAACUGCAAAUGGAACAUCAAGUUCCAUGAUGAAUAAAUUAUUAAAUAACUUUUUAUUUUCUAUCGGUGAUAGUUACAAUUCACAAGCUAUCACAUCAGAGACAGUUACUGAAUUAAUUUAUAUUUAUCGUACAAUAAUGUCAUAUAAAUCACCAUGGCAAAUGAUGGCAACACAAUUAAUUUUCGAUAGUAUCAUAUCGAGUUCAAAUAAUAUCGAUUUGAAAUCACUCGAGACCAUGGAUACAAAACAAUGGACUUAUUUAUUAGCAUCAUUAUAUAUAUUAGGUGGAUAUAUUCAACCAUAUGGUUUGGGUUCAAUCGUGAAAAUCUAUACUAAUGAAGAAAACAAUGAAUAUGAGUUGGGGAUAAUUAUUGAUAUCGAUAUGAAUGCUCGUGAUCAAGCUACACCUGAUACAUUAUCUUAUUUUAUUCAAUAUUUACAAGAAAAUAAAACUGAAUGGGUUACAAUUGAUAAACUAGAAGUUAAAGUAGAUGUUUCUCCACCUAAUCUACUUACCUUACCAAAUACGAAUGAUUCAAAUCUAGCUAUACAUUCACUUUUUGAUACAUUAGGAUAUAUCAUACAAAUUGAUAUAUCAUCAAAUGAUUCGUUACGUCUUUUACAACUUAAACGUUAUUCUAUUACUACUCUAUAUAGAAUCUUAAGUAGUAAUCAAAUAAUCGAUAUUUUUAUGCAAAAACCAUAUGCUUCAUUUAUUGCUCAAUUAUCAAUAAGAGAUUUAUUCGGAGAAGUUAAUUUUCAACCGAUUGAUUUACGUCUAUUUAAUAGAUCACAUUUGGAACAGUAUAGUUUUAGUUUAGAUAGAUGCGAACGAUUGAAACAAAUCGUACUUAGUAAUCAUAAUAAUAUUAAUGAUCGAAUUACUACAGAUAUUCAAGCUAGUUCUACAUUUGAUAUUUACAAUAAGGUUGAUAUCAAAUCCGAUCAAUCAAUCGUAAAUACGUCAUCAACAAAUACAAUGAUAUAUAACGGAUGGAAGCCAUAUGCAUCAAAUAUUGAAAUUGAGCUAUAUAAGAAAGGUCGAAUUGGUAGUAGUGAAAUUUCAAUUGUACCAUUUCCACGGGAAGUAGCUGGAUUGGAUGUAAUUGGAGAAUGUGGCAAUAAGCAUCAAUUUAAAGGUCGAAUCUAUAUGAAUCAUAGCAACUAUCACAAAGGCUUUCCUUCAUUUAUUGUUGAAAAUUUAGAAUUGAAUGAAGGUAGUUGGUAUUAUUGUGUUAAAUUGCCAGUCGCCGGCCUUGUUCAAAUUGGAUGGGCAACAACUGGAUUCACGCCCAAAGCCAACGAAGGAAUGGGAAUAGGUGAUGAUAAAUAUUCAUGGUCUUUUGAUGGAUCACGUGGUACUCUAUAUAGUGAUCAAGAAUUCCAGUUUUUACCGUCAAAUAUUCGUUGGAAAGCAAACGAUGUUUGUGGUUGUGGAAUUGAAAUUAAUGGUGAAAAUACUCGAAUUAAAUAUUGGUUGAAUGGUAAAUUCUUAGGUACAGCAUUUGCACAUCAAUCAAAUAUUGCAUCGACAACAAUUAAAUGUAAUUUGCUACCAAAUGGACCGAAUACAACUUAUUUUCCUGGUGUUACUGUACAAGCACAUUAUAGUGAGGUAGGUUGUUGUGAAUUUAUAUUUAGUCCAGAAGAUAUGAUCGAAUGUCCUUUACCCGAUGGUUAUAAACCAAUAUUAAUGCCAAAAUUUAGUCAUAAUAAAGAUUCUUUUGUUGCUUAUCCAUAUAGUGCCUAUUUAGUCGGUGAUGAUGUUCAAGAUUUUGUUUAUAUACCACGAAGUACAUCAUCAACAACUUUUUUACGUGAUUUUGUUAAUGAACAUCAUAUAGAAACUACAUUAACAACUAUCAAUGAUUAUCAAUUAAUAUUGACGGAAGAUAAUGAUGGUUUUCCAUUUUCAAUUGAUAAUCAAAUGACAUCAUUAACGAUUAGUUUUGAUUUUCAAAUUUUAACAAAAAAUCAAAAUGAUUCAAAUAACAUAUUUGAUAUUCUACUAUUUACAUUAGAAAUAAUUGAAAAACAUUCAAUAAAAAUACCAUUUAAUAAAAAUAAUGAAGAAACAAGAACUGUUAUUUUAAUUCAUCCAAAUGAACAUGAAAUUAAAAUCUAUAUAAACAAAAAUAUUUGUCAAAUAAUAAAUAAUAAAUUUGAUAAUCAAACAAUGACAAAAUUUAAUUUUCAUUUUCUACCUCAUAUGACUGUUGGAAUAAAAAAUUUUGCUAUUUGGAAAUAUGCACUUUCAGAAGAACAUAUUCAACGUAUAUUUACUAGUGGUAUAUCUUAUGUAGCUAUUGAUUAUAAACAACAGAAUGAAUAUCGAUUACAAGCAAAUACAUUUACAUUUACGAAAAAUCAACAACAAUUUCAAAAUGAAUUUCUAAUUCCAUUCAAUGAAUCAUUUGAUGAAACUAUAUGGAAACAAAAGCAAAAACAAAUUGAUAUGGAUGAAUCAAAAUAUUUUAAAACAAUCAAUGAAACUGAUCAAUCUAUUAUACAAUUAUAUGGAAAUAAAAGUUAUCUUGUUGUAAAAAAAUCAAUUUAUCAAUGGUAUAAUUAUACAAUUAUUCUCGAUAUUUCAAUACCUAAUUUUCCAAUGACUGAAGAACAAUUAACAAUAGUUAUAUUAAAUUUACAAGCAAAAAUAUUUAUAACAUCCGAUGGUAAACUUUGUCUUUCUACAAUAGAAGAAUAUGCUGAAAGUGAAUUAAUAUUAAAUUUAAAUGAAUUUAUACGUUUAUUGAUUAGUGUAGAUAAUAAAUUGAUCAAAAUCUAUGCUAAUGGAUUAUUAGCACUUGACACUGAGGUCGAUAAUGAUUCAUUAGUUAUGAAUUCGAAUCAAAUUCAUUUAUUUAGAGAAAUUGAUUUCAAUGAAAAUACAACAAAUGAUGAUAAACUUCGAAUUGAAUGUAAAUCAAUUACAUUUCUAAAUCGAUCAAUAAUGAAUGCUGAUUUAGAUGAAACACUAAAAUCACCAAAUUAUUCAUUAGAAACAUUAGUUGCACCACCAUUUUCAAUAAUUGCAAUAAGUCUAAUUAAUAUUGGAUACGAAGUCGAAUGGAUAAAAUCUGUUAUGAAACAAUAUAAAACAAUCAAUGUUCAAAUGAUUGAUACAAUAAUACGUGAACAUAAAGAAGAAUUUUUAAAGACAGACAUUCAAAAACGACAAAAAUGUAUUUUAAAUAUUUUCUCAAGAUUAGGUUCAUCGAUUGAUAAAGAAAAAUUAGAAAAUUUAAUCAAUACUUUAGAAAUCGAUACCGAUGAUCAAAUUGUAACUAUUGGUGAACUCGUACUAACUCUUUGGAAUGAGUUACAAACAUCAAAAUCUUUAAUUGUUGAAAGAGACUUUACAAAUAAUAUUAGUUCAGAUCAGAAGGAGAAAAACACAUGGUUUCAUCGUACAAUGGAUGAAUUUAAUUUAAAUUAUAAUUUUACUGAAUGGAUUCGUGAUAAAUCUACAACAACGAAAGAAACAGAUACUACUCAUCAAUUAUUCGAUUUAAAUAAAUCGGAACAAGAACAAAUAAUAAUAACAACAACAGGAAUAUUUGAUCAACAAAAAAAAGUUAAAAAAUCUAUUCAAUAUUCACAUAAGGAUAUUUCACAGAAACAAUAUUUAGAUUCUCGUAUUGCAUGUGAACAUGGAUUAAUAUCGAUCUAUGCAUGUGAUAUAAUUUUGAACAUCUUAAAAAUCUGGUCAAACAAUAGUUCACAUAUAUUUCCAUUGGAAAAAUUUGGUGAUUAUCCAUUCAUUGUAAAAUUAUUACGAUCGAUUGACUAUCAUUAUACAAGCAUACGUUUAAAUGAUAGUGUAGAUAGAAUGAGUUUUUUAAUAAAAUCUAUUCUUAAAAAUGAAAUAAAAGAAUUACUAGUUGAAAAUAUCGGUGCUAACAGUGAAAUUCUACCAAAUAAUGUUCCCUUACUUUACCAUUUACAAAAGGAUAUUAUUAUUGAAUCAAUUCGAUAUUUAUUGAAAAUAUCAUCAUCAAUAGAUGAAUCCGAUGGCAAAACAACAAUCAUUGACGAACGAACAAAAAGUGAACAGUCGAAUUUAAAUUUUAUUUUUAAAAUAUUAAAUCUAUUCGUUGAAUUAAUAACUGAUAAAUCAACAAUGAAACAAAAUGAAAUCGAUGUACUUAUUCCAUUUUUAUUUCCUGAGCCAUUAAUCAAUGUCAUUUUAAUGCAAGCAAGUAAAAACUUUAGUUUAAAUGAACGAAUUGAACAUUUUAUGUCUCAAUUAUUGAUUGAAUUAUUAUCAAAUGAAGCAUCUAUGAACAGUCGAACAAUAAAAUUAUUACGAAUCACUGUCAUGGAUUUCAUCUUUCUAGAUUUAGCAAGACAAAAGUCUCAGCUUUGUACAACGAAUAAUGUAAAUCAACUAUUCGAAAUCAAAUUAUAUGAAUUUCCACAAAAUUUCCAGGACCUAUGCAUGGUCAUCGAUAUUAUUAAUGCAAUGACUGAUGAAACAAAGCAAACACAAUAUCCUGAAUUGUUGGUUAUACAAUCAUACGAUAUUUUGGAUGAAACUCUUCCAUUCACUUUAGAUGAUAUUGUAAUUUCAAAUUAUUAUUUUGAUAAAACAUCCGAUCUGCAAUUGAUUAGUCUAAUGAACAAUGAUGCAUUGAUUGAACAUUCAUUCAGUGAAUUCAUUCAUAGUCUAGCUAUCGAUAAUAUGUUAAAUUUGGGACGUUUUGAACUAUAUCCAUCUUUAUUGAAUAUUCCAGUAAAUUGUGUACAAAAUCGUGCAAAACUCUUUCAUCUAUUCGAGAUAUUUGUCGAAAAAGUUUUAUCACUACUCGAUUUCAAUUUACCUCCGAAGACAAGUAUUCUUACAGAUAAAAUUCGAAUAGUCAAAAAUUAUUUAUCACAUAGAAAAAGAAUUCAAUGGUUUGAACAAUCAUUGAUAGAAACGAAAAUAAAUCAAUUUUCUAGUUUUCCUACAAUUCAAUUUGAUUUUGUGAAAGCAAAUAAUACUAAGAAUAAUGAACAACAUAGUACAUUCUAUCAAGGUUAUGAACAAUUACAUGAAAAUGCUCAUCUAUUAUUUAGAAAUGAUGAUAAUCCACGACUUUGGCAAGCACAAUAUAUUGGCAUGCAUAGUGUUGAUCACGGUGGACCCUAUCGUGAUUCAAUCACGAGUAUGUGUUCAGAUAUAUGUAGUACACAAUUGCCAUUAUUUAUUUUAUGCCCAAAUGGUCGAAUAAAUAUAGGUUUAAAUCGUGAUCGUUGGAUUCCAAAUGUAUUUCCACCGAAUCAAUCAAUUCCAAUUAAAAUUAAAAAACAAUAUCAAUUUAUUGGACAAUUAAUGGGUAUGGCAAUACGAAAGAAACAUUAUCUAGAUUUAAAAUUUCCUAAUUUAUUAUGGAAACAAUUAUUAGGCGAACAAAUAACUAUGAAAGAUAUUGAAGCAAUUGAUAUACAAAGUUUUGCAAUUAUUAAAGAAAUGGAAAAUAAUAUACAACAAAAUCAAUCCAGAGAUAUUGGUAGUGAUACUAAUUAUUUAUUUAGUAGUAUUAUGAGUGAACUUCGAUUUGAUAUUGUUAGUUCAGCUGGACAUACAUAUGAAUUAAUUCCCGGUGGUAAAGAUAUUCCAAUAACAGCUGAUAAUUUCAAUGAAUACUGUACAUACUAUCGUGAAUAUCGUCUAAAUGAAUUUCAUCGACAAAUUGAAUAUAUUCGUCAAGGUUUAUGUAGUGUUGUACCGAAUAAUUUGAUGACUUUACUUACAACUAGUGAAUUGGAAGAAGCUGUAUGUGGAAAACAUCAAAUUGAUAUUGCUUUAUUGAAACGAAAUACUCAAUAUAAUAAUUCCAAUUUAGAAACACCAUAUGUUCAACAAUUCUGGAAAGUUUUAAUUGAAAUGUUUAAUGAUGAACAGAGAAAAUUAUUUUUAAAAUUUGUUUGGGGAAGAAAUACAUUGCCAAAUCGAGAUGAAGAUUUUGGAGAAAAAUUUUCAAUCAAUCUAUUAAUGCGAAAUGAAUAUGAGGCAGAUGCAAUGCUUCCACGAUCUCAUACAUGUUCAUUUGCUCUUCAUUUACCAUCAUAUUCGACGAUUGAAAUCAUGUACGAACGUUUGAAUUAUGCAAUUACUCAUUGUUCGAGUAUCGAUGCUGAUGGUUAA